AUGGCGCAAGCAAACGUCCCAGCAACAGACCCCGCAGUGUACGACGCCUACAAGGAGAAAUGGGCUGCUCCCCCCGACUCCGCAGACGCAUGGCUCGCACGGGCGCGUGAAGUGGCAGAAGUUCUGGCCCAGGACGCAGCUCAAAGAGACCAAGACAACAAGUCUCCUCGCGCAGAGGUCGCCUUACUGAAACAUUCCGGUCUGUUGAAGCUUCUCGGGCCGAAGAAGUACGGAGGCGGAGAACAGCCGUGGCGGGUAGGGUACAAGGCGAUCCGCGAAGUAGCCAAGGGUGACGGGUCCAUUGGCAUGCUCCUUGGGUAUCAUCUCCUCUGGUCGACUACAGCCAAUGUGGUCGGCACCGCCGAACAAGCCGAUCGUCUGCAGAAACUGAUUAUCACGAACAACCUCUUCGUCGGAGGAGCAGUCAACCCUCGCGACAAUGACUUGCAGAUCACGGCGGAUGGCGACUCGAUCGUCUUCAACGGAUUCAAGCAUUUCAAUACAGGUGGUGUGGUUUCCGAUCUCACGGUCCUGGAAGGCGUGCUGGACGGAACACAGGACCAUAUAUUCGCUGUUGUGGAAACCAACCAACCAGGAAUUCAAUUCGCGUACAACUGGAAGAAUAUUGGUUUGCGGUUGACCGAGUCCGGAAGCGUGAAGAUCGAAAAUGUUCGUGCAUCUUGGACGGAUGCACUGGGAUGGGACGCAACAACCAAACGACCUCUGGCAGAGAUUCUCACCAUCCCUUUUGCCUCGUUGUUUCUGCCUACGAUUCAGCUGGUGUUCAGCAAUUUCUACCUCGGCAUCGCCAUCGGCGCCCUUGAAUUCGCAGCCAAGUACACCACCACGUCCACACGCGCCUGGCCCUAUGGCGGGGACAACAAAGAGAGAGCCACCGAUGAGUUCUACAUUCUCGAGCGAUACGGGAACUUCUUUGCACACCUCCGUGCUGUGGAAGCACUGGCCGACAAAGCCGGCGAUCGACUCUCGGAGCUGUACGAGCGCCAUUCAGGCGAUCGGUUGAAGGUGACAGCGGAGGAACGAGGGGAGGUGGCUGAAUGGGUCGCCAGUGUGAAGGUGGUCACUACGGAUGUCGGACUCCGAGUCACGUCUGGUAUAUUCGAGGUGACUGGCGCUCGAGCAACGUCGCUGAAGGUGGGACUGGACCGGUUCUGGCGGGAUAUCAGGACGCACACUUUGCAUGACCCUGUGGCAUACAAGAAUCGGGAGCUCGGCAGAUAUGUGCUGCUGCAUGAGUACCCGGAGCCUACGUGGUAUACUUAA